UUGUAAGCAAAGCGUAUGAAAAAAAUAAUUACGCUCGGGUUUACGCCUCGGCCGACCCGUAAACGUUUUGACAGAGGCGCAGCGGUUUGGCAUUAAUCUGUAAUGUCUAAAACAUUACGUUAUGCCUCAUGUAGCUCCCCAGUCAGAGUCAGAGAAUUCGGGCUGUCGAUCAAUAAAAAGAAAUCGUUUCUAUUCGUAUACCAAAAUAACAUAUAUUGUUCCGUCUUGGCUUCGAAGUGUAAUGUCUGAAACGACUGUGGUGAAAAAGUGUGUCUUGGCACUGGUAGCACAAGGCUCCGAGGAAAUGGAGCUUGUUAUUACUGUUGAUGUUCUGCGGCGAUGCAAUAUCGAUGUCACGGUGGCGUUAGUGCUGGACGAAAUGGAAGGCGCUAGUGAGCAGGGGUUGGUAGUGCAAUGCUCUCGCCAUGUGAAUGUGCGUGCAGAUACAACUCUUCAGGCAUACUUGCAACAGAAUACCCUCACUAAUGACAUGCUACCUGAUGCAUUGAUUCUUCCCGGAGGACUCGAAGGAAGUAAAAUCAUGUCGAAGGUUGCUGCCGUAGGAUCAUUGCUGCGAUGCUAUGAAAAUAGUGAAAAAAUUGUUAGUGCUAUUUGUGCAGCACCGACUGUCUUCAUUUCGCAUGGAAACCUAUUUGCUGGACGCCGCUUGACUUGUUACCCAGCAUUAAAGCAAUUACUCAUAAAAGAAGGAUAUGACUGGCAAGAACCUCAUCAAUCGCACUACGGUCGCGUAAUCGUCGAUGGCAACCUCAUUACCAGUAUGGGUCCAGCUACAACAUUUGAUUUUGCUCUUACCAUUGCUGCCGUUUUAACAAGUUUGCAAGAAGCGGAAAAAGUAGCAAUUAAUAUGCUGUAUAAAUGGCCAUAUUAACAAACAUGCCAAGCAUGUAAGAAAUUGUUUACGACUAAAAAUUACGUGACACAAUUUAAAAAUGAGUUAUCGAUUUUGUCGAUGCAUUGUCUACAAUAAAUGAGAAUAAAUUUAGUUGCUAUGCUUU